AUGACUUCUCGUAUAAUUGAAUCAGUCCUUAGCGGGGUCUCAGACCGUCGUGCCACCGAUUUUCGAUACCGGCAGGGGCAAUUCAUCUCCCUACACUCGUGGAUCGUAAACCAUUUAGACGAGCUCCAAGAAGCUAUUUGUGAGACCAAUGCCGCAUCUGUCGAUGAAGCGAAAUUUCUUAUUACAGCAACACUGAACCAUCUGCGAGCACUAUACGAGAGCCUUGAUCUCAAAGAAGAGCUUACUCUGGAAUAUAAUGUUAAGAAAGGCCACAAUAGCCCAGAGAGAAGAAUUCCACGGGAACUGGCGUAUCUCAUUCCAGAGAGGUACACCGUAUUCUCCAGUGUCAUCAACACAGUUUGCUCAUGUUUGACUGCUGGGUGUUGCUGUCUUGUGGAAAUACCCGACACUUUGACGGCAGAGACUACUAUUUUGAAGAAAUGCAUCAUCGAAGCACUAGAUGGGGCAACCGUUGGAGUGGUCAGCUCACGACCAGGAGAAGAAUUCCUCCAGAAGUGCUUCAUAAUAGAUCAAACAGGACGUGCAGAGUUGGGAAGUGUUCCCGCUUUAUGGUCCAGGCCUAAUUUAUGCGCGGUCGCCAUUGUUGACCGUACCGCGGAUGUCAAUAAAGCUGCUGGGGAAAUCUUUCACGCGAAUACCUUCUUCUUGGGAAGAGGCCCAUACGCACCUGACUUGAUCCUGGUUAACGAGUUUGUUGGGGACGAGCUAAUAAAUCAACUGCACGCGCUCUCGCUUCAAAACAAACCGAAGACAGGUGGCAAUUCCAAGGCCAAUGGAAAACUAGAUGCCAGGCCGAGAGCCGAGAAGCUGAGAGCCAGGAUGUUUAUUAGCGAGAAAAUGUCUGCAAACUUCGACAUCAAGUCGCCAGUACACAAGGAAGCCUCGACUAUUCCAGUCCUAGCUGUUACAAGUCUCGAUUGCGCAAUUGACUUUCUUCUUCAUGCUUAUCCAAAGGGAAUUAGUGCUCUUUACCUUUUCGGGACACCUGCUCAAACCAAAUAUCUUGGGCAGUUCAUUCCGGCGCAAGUCAACUUCAUUAACUACAUUCCCGCAACUCUCUUAGUUGGACCUACAGCUCCGGAAGGAUAUCCUUUACAUCCAACGUUACGAUAUCGCCGUGAGAUGAUGGAGAUUCCUAGCCCGCAGUUCUUCCAGGACAAAGAGAGUUCCAUCACGAGUAUCACCUCUGCUUGGAAGGCUGGAGAUUCAACGUAUGAAGAGGCGAUACAGCCACUCAAACCAGAUGGUCAGCCUAUCGCCGGCGAGAUCAACUUCUUUUUGCAGGGGUUCUUGGCCAGUUUUGUCGUCUAUGUGGUGCCUUUGCUGACCGCUAUUGUGGGCGGUGGUAUCUAUGCUGUAAAACUAACCCGAUAUUAA